AUGCCCCCGGGUGCAAAUCUCACCGAUCCACGAAAUUAUAAUGCACCACUCGACCCAGAGUCUCGCCGUGAACGGCUACUGAGAAUCAGUAGUACCGCGACGGUGCAGACGAUAUCCGGGGUCAAUGGCAACCGGGAUGAAGAUGAUGAACAGGAAGAAACCGGCCAGCGAGGCAGGGCAAGGGGACAUUCAGUAGCGACAGAAACGACGUCCCUGCAGAACGAGGACGCGAGCUCCUAUGGAACCCUACCCCGACGACGGAGGCUCAAGAAUAAGGCCUCAAACACAUUCGCGGGAGGGCGGUUGGGUUCGGUACCCUUUCUCAAGGCCUUUUCACGAACAAACACCAUAAACAGCGACGAUACACCAGUCUAUACUCCUCAAAGCCUUCGAGGGUUCGCGUACGCUCGUCUCAGCAGCGCGAGACCAAUAUCCGCCUAUGACCCGCCCAUUGAUCACAAGGAUCCCGAAGAAGUCGACCUGGACGCUAAAAUCAACGGAAUCCGAGUCUGGUACUCUUCGUACACCUCUAUCGACUGGCUUCAUGAUGCUAUCAAAGACUCUCUACGCUUCUCAAAGCUACGCAAGCGCAAAUCGAUUCGUGCCCGUCUCCGCCUGGCGUUCGACAAGAGUUUGGGGUGGAUAAUCGUCACCAUUGUCGGUUUCCUGUCAGCUGUCGUGGCGUUCCUUGUCGUGCGCAGCGAGCAAUUGCUGUUCGACUUCAAGGAAGGCUAUUGUGCAGAUGGCUGGUGGAAGGCCCAGCGGUUCUGCUGCCCUGUGGGCGACACGCCUGCGUCAGGUUCGCCGUCUGAAGCAACCGAACUCUGCGAUGCCUGGAUCAAGUGGCCCGAGACAUUCUCAGCUGGGGAAGGGCACCAAGCAGUCCUAGUGGAGUACACUUCGUAUAUCGGUGUUGCGCUCUCCCUCGCUCUGGUCUCGUGUUUGUUGACCAUCUACCUCACGAAGUCGACAACGUUCGUAACUCGGAAGGAGUCCGGUGUCGCUGGGAUCAAAUCCACGGGAGCGUCUGGUUCGAAGGCCCCGAAGGUGCCCGUUACGCACGGGCGCAAAGUUCUUUACUACGCUGCAGGAAGUGGUAUCCCGGAGAUCAAGACCAUUUUGUCAGGCUUCGUCAUUCACGGUUACCUUGGUGUUCGAGUCUUGUUCACCAAAGCGGUUGGUCUGGCCUUGUCUGUUGCUUCUGGUCUGUCCCUCGGCAAAGAAGGUCCAUUUGUUCACAUUGCAAGUUGUGUUGGCAACAUUGUCAGUCGUAUCGCUUCGAAGUAUGAGCUAAAUGAAGCCAAACGUCGUGAAAUUUUGAGUGCGGCCUGCGCUGCAGGUGUAGCUGUCGCUUUCGGAGCCCCUAUUGGCGGAACACUGUUCAGUCUCGAGGAAGUCUCCUAUUUCUUCCCUCCAAAGGUUAUGUGGAGAAGUUUCUUCUGCGCCAUGAUUGCUGCUAUUACCCUCAAGAUGCUUGAUCCGUUUGGCACAGGAAAGCUUGUGCUAUUCCAAGUCACUUAUGACAAGGACUGGCAUGCUUAUGAACUCGGCCCAUUCCUUCUUCUCGGCGUCCUUGGGGGAUUGUAUGGUGCUUGCUUCUCCAAACUGAACUAUCGCUGGAGCAAGAACAUCCGUGGCAAGACGUGGCUUGGAAGGCAUCCUAUUUGCGAAGUUUUGAUUAUCACGUUCAUUACCAGUUGCCUCUGCUUCCUUAACCCCUACACGCGUAUGGGAGGGACGGAACUUGUCUACAACCUCUUUUCUGAAUGUCGUCCUGGAGGCGAUUCCCAUUCAGGCCUCUGCAUAGUUAGCCCUGGGUCCUGGGAACAUGCCUGGCCUGUUGCUAAAGCCAUUCUCAUCGCCAUGAUGGUGAAAGGUGGUCUUACGGUCGUAACCUUUGGAAUCAAGGUCCCAGCUGGAAUCUUCAUCCCCACCCUCGGUGUUGGAGCAUGUGCAGGUCGUGUCAUGGGUAUUGCGAUGCAAUAUCUCCAGAUUAGAAACCCAGAUGCGAGGCUGUUUGCUUCGUGCCAUGGGGACCUAGGAUGCAUUGUUCCUGGUCUGUACGCCAUGGUUGGAGCUGCAGCCACUCUUUCUGGUGUCACUCGCACCACCGUUUCGCUCGCCGUCAUCAUGUUUGAGCUCACGGAUACCUUGACGUAUGCGGUCCCAGUCAUGCUUUCAGUCCUCGUUGCAAAGACGGUGGCGGAUGCUCUGGAGCCCAAGGGUAUCUAUGAUCUGGUCAUUGAACUCUCUGAGCUGCCCUACCUCGAUUAUAAGAAUGACUAUGUCUGGGGCAAUCUCCAACUUAGCGAUGUUAUUUCGAGAGAUAUGGCAUCUAUCAGGAUCGACGAGAAGAACACUGUCCAGAGCCUCAGCGACAAAUUGCUUACGCUCAUUUCGACUGGCGCUCACGAUCUAGGCUUCCCUAUUCUGAGACCAGACGGUAAUGAUGAUGGUGUGCGACUUGUUGGAUACAUCGGUACCAACGAACUUGAGCAUGCGCUCAGUAUCGUGGCUGAUAACCCGACGGCUGAGGUGUAUUUCGGUGCACCCUAUACUAACGAUAUGGCUUCUUCGAUCUCGUCCUUUGCCGAACCUGCGAUGCCCACCCAUUCGUCCAGCGACCCCUACGAUUUCACACCUUACAUGGAUCAAGCACCCUUGACGCUCACCAACCAAUCCCCCUUGGAGAUGCUUCAUCGAUUCUUUGUCAAGUUGGGCGCUCGAUACGUCGUGGUUGUUGACAGCGAAGGGUUGUACGAGGGAAUUGUCGAGAAGAAGAACUGGCUCGCUUUCCUCACCGAGUUCGAAGAGAAGUAA